CCUGUUUAAGAAAGACUGUUCAUUAAAAAAACUCGAUUUAUGCUGAGCUUUUCAUAUAUUAAAAGUUAAAAUAUAAAACACUUGUUUGUUGUGAGUUUCAAGGAUUAGACGGACGGGGGUUGCAAGGAUUUGCAAGCUUAGGUUAGGUCGUCUCUGACACUAUCUCUCAGUUAUCAGCUGAUCCUUGAGCUAGGAAUAGAGACAAACAUUUCUCCGCGUACAGUUUGGAUUUGUCAGAGACACAACACUCAACCCGUCCUUCUCUUUGGUUAUCAUCUACACCAUGGCUACAGUCAAGAUACCAGAGCAGAAGGUGAUUCUAUGUGGAGAGUUUGGUGUUGGCAAAUCUUCUCUGUUCAGACGGUUUAUGAGCAAUAGCUUCACAGAGAGUACGGAUAGAAAGAGCACGAUGGGAUUGGAUCACUUCGGGAAGAAGUAUACGGUCGGAGAGAAGGAUCUGAAACUACAACUUUGGGAUACAGGAGGUAUGGAACGAGUUGCAAGUAUAACCUCCAGUUACUACAAAUACUCGGAGGCAGCUAUCCUUGUAUUUGCUCUGGACAACCCGGAUACUUUUCAUAUACUCUCCCAGCACCUUCUAGAUAUUGUUACAUACGCAGAGAACGCAAAAAUAUUCCUAUGUGGAAACAAAUUCGACCAGAAGUCCCGCAUCGCAAUCUCCGACUCCGACAUGGAAGCGUUCUGUGAGCAGUGCCACAACCUAGUGUCUGGGAUCUAUAAAACCUCCUGCAGGACCGGAGAAGGGGUCGAGGAAAUGUUCAGUGAUAUUGCAAAACAAUUAACUCAAGUUAAUAGAUCAAGAAUGGAACUACAAUCUAUAGAAGAACGAAGUUUUCAAGUAAACACCUCCGCCCUGGCGGAGCCGGAUACAGAUGGCGGUUCUUGUAGUUGCUAACAGUAGUACUACCUGGACCAUAGAGUGACCAGGAACUACUCCCUCCAGGAAUAUAUCCGAGACGCGUUUAUGGGGGAAGUGUAAAUCAUAAAAAUUGCUAGGUUUGAGUGCUGAACAGUGAAGAAGAUAUGAACAUUGAACAAGGAUAAUACAGGGUUCCUUUCAAAGGAUGAGACUUCAAAGACGACUUUACAGAAUUUAUACAGAAUUUAUAUAAGCCGAAGAUAUCGGGUAAAUAGUUCUAGACUUUAGAUUGUCGACAUCGACAUGUCGAAGACUAAAUGUUUGCAAGGCUGCCUGUUUUUCUUACAGUUAUGAUUCCAUGAAACUGUGAACUUUUUUCUUUCUGUGUCAAAUCAUUAAACAAGCCCAAAAAACUUUAUUUAAAGCAGAGAACUUCACAGACUCUACCUUUGUGGGUAACACGGUACUGCAAAAAUAAAUUAUGAAAAAUCUCAGAAAUCUCUUUAACAUUAUCUCCUUUGCAAGAGGAGCAAUAGCAAUAGAAUCGUGAAAGAUUUCAUUGAACUGAAGAUACUAAUAACUACAUCUUGUCCUGUGAGUCCUGUCUGUGUAAUCAGUGCUCAGGGUAACAUGCAACCUGUAAUGCAACAAAUCCCAUCAUACCGUCUUAACAAUAUUUCAAAUGAAAAUCCAGGCAUCCAAGGAAAUUACUUUUCUAAUCCUUUGUUGUUUAUUCUACGUAGCACUUAAUACCGCUUCUUUAUAAUAAUGACAAGAUAUGUAUAUAAACAUAGUAUACAAUCAGUUGAUAAAAGCAGUCGUUCGUCAUAAAUAUCAUUGAAAUAUAUUUAAAACGAGACAGAAACAAAAGUGAAUAAUAUCCAGAGCAGUUAACGCACCAAAUGCACACAUAUUUUAUACGCGCGUAUUUAAAAAAGACGGUUAGAUCAAAUUAUGCAUUAUGCAUUUUAUUUAGUUAAACUUCUUAAUGUGUAUAUUAUGUAAAUUAUUCAAUAAAUCAGUAGCCUUCA